GUACAUUGAAGGGGGGGGGGGGGUGCUGACGGCAGGCGGGCAGCAGGCGGGCAGCGAGAGCCGGCUUCGACGUCCCGGAUUCGAUAUUGAAGACGGCAGCUUGAAGCUCCGGAUAGCCUCUGAUUCCAUCACCAAUUGAACGGGAUCCGGCCAGCCCUGCCACCCCCCAACUCACAAGAUGGCUCCCUUGACGGCCGCGAUGCGGUCGACUCCCAGAAUUAUCGUUUCCAAUGCCUUUGGCUUUCAGCGACGAGCUAUCUCCGACGUGACCAUCACCCGCACCGGCAAGCCCAUCAUCCGUAACCAGGGUGGCCGCUCCUCCCUCGGUGGACAUACGGCGACAGUCUUCGGUGCGACCGGCCAACUCGGCCGCUACAUCGUCAACAGACUAGCGAGACAAGGAUGCACUGUCGUCAUUCCCUUCCGCGACGAGUACAACAAGCGCCAUCUGAAAGUUACGGGUGAUUUGGGCAAGGUGGUCAUGAUUGAGUUCGACUUGCGCAACACCCAAUCCAUCGAGGAGAGCGUCCGACACUCCGAUGUCGUCUACAACCUGAUCGGUCGCGACUACCCGACCAAGAACUUCUCGUUCGAGGACGUCCAUAUCGAGGGUGCUGAGCGCAUCGCCGAAGCUGUCGCCAAAUACGAUGUCGACCGCUUCAUCCACGUCUCGUCUUACAAUGCAGACCCCAACUCGGAGUGCGAGUUCUUCGCCACCAAGGCGCGCGGUGAGCAAGUAGUCAGGAGCAUUUUCCCCGAAACCACCAUUGUCCGGCCAGCUCCCAUGUUUGGCUUCGAGGACAGGUUGCUUCACAAGCUUGCCAGCGUCAAGAAUAUCCUGACAUCCAAUGGGAUGCAAGAGAAGUACAACCCUGUCCACGUGAUUGAUGUUGGCCAGGCUCUUGAACAGAUGCUCUGGGACGACAACACUGCUUCGGAGACUUUUGAGCUCUACGGUCCCAAGACCUACACUACCGCUGAGAUCUCCGAGAUGGUUGACCGCGAAAUCUACAAGAGGCGGCGCCACGUGAAUGUGCCCAAGAAGAUCCUCAAGCCGAUCGCCGGUGUGCUGAACAAGGCCCUCUGGUGGCCCAUCAUGUCUGCCGAUGAGAUUGAGCGUGAGUUCCACGACCAGGUCAUCGAUCCGGAGGCCAAGACCUUCAAGGACCUCGGCAUCGAGCCUGCAGAUAUCGCCAACUUCACCUACCAUUACUUGCAAAGUUAUCGCAGCAAUGCCUACUACGACCUUCCGCCAGCGACCGAAAAGGAGAGGAGGGAGGACAGGGAGUACAUUCACAUGCUGUGAGUAUCUUUGGGGUUGCACAGGGAUGCAUGUAGAUUGUAGAAAUCCACCGUAGAGCAUUUGGUGAGUCGACGGAACACAGAACGUCCAGACUGGAUGCUGUGGUGAGAAUUAGAGCAAUCAAGAGAUUUGCGCAAGCG